CAAACGCUCAAACACCCACGUGCUCCACUCAGACGCUGUUCACGCGCGUGCACGCAGCUCGCUUCCCGUUCAAGAUGGCAGCCACCAUGAAGAAAGGAGUGGCAGCAGAGGAUGUCAAUGUAACAUUUGAGGACCAGCAAAAGAUAAACAAGUUUGCCAGGAACACAAAUCGGAUGUCAGAACUGAAAGAUGAAAUUGAGGCCAAAAAGAAAUCUUUACAGAAUCUAGAGGAUGCCAGUGAUGACCUCAUGAUGUGCGAGGAUGAUGCUAUGCUGAUCCCGUAUCAGAUUGGAGACGUGUUUAUCAGUCACUCGCAAGAAGAGACGCAGGAGAUGCUGGAGGCAGCGAAGGAAGCUCUGCAGGAAGAGAUCAAGGCUCUGGAGGGUCGUGUCUCAUCCAUACAGGGGGUCCUAGGAGAUUUAAAGGUUCAAUUAUACGCCAAGUUUGGAAACAACAUCAAUCUAGAGGCGGACGAGAGCUGAAACCUCCAGCAGGUGGACUUGACCUCAUAGACUGUCCAUCUCUAACAGGACAGGACAUUUCUACAAAUCUUGUCCGGUUUUCUCCAGUGAUGUCUGUUCAAUUUCACAUCUUGUUAUGUUUAAUCAAGUUCUUGAGGUGUUGCAUUCAGGUGGUUUGGGGGCCGAAUGAAGCGUCCAGCAUGAGAGAAUGAGAGGCACUGAUGUCAAAAUAAAAAAGAAGCAACAUUUUUUUUUUAA